AUGGGCAAGGAGAGGAGUAUCGGGGGCCUUUUGGGUGUGAGGAGGUCUUGGGUCCGUGUUCGAAGAAUUCUCCAAGAACAUGAUACCUGCCUGAUCGUUGGUCCCGCAUUUUCCUUUGUUUUUUGUGGGGCGUUUGGGAGGGGGGAUGUGAUCAUGACAGAGUUCUGGAGGGGCGUGACAAAGAAGAGUACCACUUCCAGCUCUCCCCAGAUCCGCGAGGACUGCGGGGGAGAAGAUGGAAGUGUUCAGGACUUUGGAGUGGGUGCGACGAGGGCGGGUACUACCCCGAUUUUCUUUUUAUCCGGGGCGCAAGGCUGCUAG